GUUCAUCCAUUCAUUUGUCGUAAGUCAAUGCAACGGGACGGACAUCGUUGCUCGUCGGUUUGGUGACUUAUUUUCCCAUUUCAUUCGUUCCGUCUGAUCGUAUUUUGAUAUUAUUUUAUUUCGUGUACAUUUGACCUGUUUAGUUACGUUUUUUUAAGUUUUCCAAAUUGAAUCGUCGAGAAAAUGGCCAGCUUAAGACUGAUGGGAACAUCAUUGCAGCGCAAUCUGACCUUUGCCCGGUCGAUUAAUUUCAAAGGCAACGCCCCACUGAUUCAGAGUCGCUUUCUGGCCAGUGCUCCGGUCGGAAAACACAUCAAAACCAAGAUCGUCGACAAUGUCCUGGUAGUGACGCUAGACUCACCCAACGUGAAGGUGAAUUCGUUGGGUGCCGAAGUGCAGGCCGAAUUUGAUGCCGUUUUUCGCGACCUGGAAACGAAUCCCGCAGUUAAUUCGGCUGUGGUGAUCUCCGCCAAGCCAGGAUGUUUUGUCGCGGGUGCCGAUAUCACCAUGCUAGAAAAGUGCAAAAGCGCCGAAGAGGCUACCAAAAUUUCACAUGAUGGUCAGCUUAUGUUCAACAAGUUGGAAAAGUCUCGGAAACCUAUCGUUGCUGCUAUUAAUGGCGUGUGUCUGGGUGGCGGAUUGGAGUUGGCUAUGGCCUGCCACUACCGUAUUGCCGUCAAAGACAAGAGAACAAAUCUUGGACUUCCCGAAGUGAUGCUAGGAUUGCUGCCCGGCGCCGGAGGAACCCAGAGAUUACCCAAACUGAGCUCGAUUCCCACUGCACUGGAUCUGGCCCUCACAGGCAAGAAUGUUAAGGCUGAUAAGGCUAAGAAGUUGGGUAUUGUGGAUUUACUGGUAAACCCAUUGGGACCGGGACUUAAGCCGGCCGAACAAAACACCAUCGAAUAUCUCGAGAAGGUUGCAAUUCAAACGGCCAAGGACCUUGCCUCUGAUAAGCUGAAAGUUAACAGGAAAAAAUCCGGGUUGGUGAACUCCAUUACUGAGUAUGCCUUCUCGAUCGACUGGGUUAAGGAUAAGGUGUUUGGUAAAGCUCGUGAACAGGUGAUGAAGCUAUCUGGAGGACUCUACCCUGCCCCGCUUAAGAUCAUCGACGUGAUUCGAGUUGGUGUCGACAAAGGUUUCGAAGCUGGAUCUGAAGCGGAACGUAAGGGAUUCGGUGAGCUGUCACAAACUCCACAAUCGAAGGGUCUCAUCGGAUUGUUCCGUGGACAAACCGAAUGUAAGAAGAACCGUUUCGGAAAGCCCGCCAAUCCACCCAAGAAUAUUGGUGUCUUGGGGGCAGGCUUGAUGGGUGCUGGAAUCGUUCAAGUAAGCAUCGAUAAGGGUUAUCAGGUGGUUAUGAAAGAUACAACCGAGGCUGGACUGGGUCGAGGUGUUGGACAGAUUCAGAACGGUCUGCAGAAUGCCGUUAAGCGCAAGCGGAUCAGUGGCAUUGAAAAGGAUCAGAUUUUAUCGAACCUGAACGCCACACUUAGUUAUGAUUCCUUCAAGAACACCGAUAUCGUCAUUGAAGCAGUAUUCGAAAACAUAGACAUCAAGCAUAAAGUCAUCAAAGAGUUGGAACAAGUCGUUCCAAAGCACUGUAUCAUCGCAACGAAUACCUCAGCUAUACCGAUUACGAAAAUUGCCGCCGGAAGCUCGCGGCCAGAAAAUGUCGUUGGAAUGCACUACUUCUCGCCAGUGGACAAAAUGCAGCUGCUCGAAAUCAUCACUCAUCCUGGAACUUCCAAAGAAACAGCCGCCGCAGCUGUCGAAGUGGGUCUAAAACAGGGCAAAGUUGUCAUCACGGUUGGUGAUGGCCCAGGAUUCUACACGACUCGUAUCCUUUCGACUAUGUUGUCUGAAGCAAUCAGACUGCUCCAGGAAGGUGUAGACCCCAAGGACCUGGACAAAAUGACCAAAUCGUUCGGAUUCCCAGUGGGUGCGGCUACCUUGGCUGACGAGGUCGGUAUCGAUGUUGGUGCGCACAUUGCUGUCGAUUUGUCCAAGGCAUUCGGCGACCGAUUCAGCGGAGGAAAUCUCGGCGUUAUGGAGGACAUGGUCAAGGCCGGCUACAUGGGACGUAAAUCCGGAAAGGGUGUGUUCAUGUACGAGGGUGGUAGAAGCAAAAACCGCGAAGUGAACCAAGGUACCCUGGCUAUUCUGAAGCAGAAGUAUGCCCUGCAAUCGCGAGGCGCCAACAGUGUUGAAGACAUGCAGCUGCGUAUGGUUUCGCGGUUUGUGAACGAAGCGGUCCUGUGUCUCGAAGAGAAGAUCUUGGAUAGUCCCUUGGAGGGCGAUGUUGGUGCGGUGUUCGGCCUCGGAUUCCCACCAUUCACCGGUGGUCCAUUCCGUUGGGUGGAUCAAUACGGAGCCGGCAAACUGGUUGACAAAAUGCGGUCAUAUGCCGAUCUGUACGGUGCUCCAUUCCAGCCAGCACAGAUUCUGGUUGAUAUGGCCAAGGACCCAUCGAAAAAGUUCUACCCGAGCAAGUAAAACGGCGAUUUAUGUUUGUUAAUUAAUUUAGAACUAUUUAAGCUGGGAAAUUUCAAAACGAAAGAUAGAUUCUUAGUUAUUUUCAAAAACGUGUCGUUAUUUUUCAAACGAAAUUCCUGCCUAAGCAUACUGUACGAUCCCAUUUUAGAGGAUAUUCUAUAUUUUUCGUUUGUUUUUUUUUUGUUAUUGCUCUUGUAUGCAUUUUCUGUGUAAUUUAAAUAGAAUCGAAAGGUUUACUCCAUUUAA